AUGAAAUUCGGCCGGAACCUUGCAAGGAAUGUUGUGCCUGAAUGGAGCUCGUCAUAUAUCAACUACAAAGGCUUGAAAAAGCUGAUCAAAUCGGAAAUUGAGGCGCAGAAGGAGGGCCAUGACCCAGACCUGGCUGGAUUCUUCUACUCCCUCGACCGUAACUUGGAAGACGUCGACCACUUCUACAACAAAAAAUUCGCAGACUUCUCCCGCCGCCUGAAACUGUUGGAGGACCGUUAUGGCCAUACAGCCAUUGGCUCGCAGAACCUCGAUUUUGAAGACGCUGAGGACCUCCUCGCUGCACUUCUCGAACUGCGUGGCCAGCUUAGGAAAUUGCAGUGGUAUGGCGAGGUCAAUCGUCGCGGCUUCAUCAAAAUUACGAAGAAACUUGAUAGGAGGCUACCCGGUGCGCAAGCGCAGAGGCGAUAUCUGCCAACCAAGGUUGACCCGUCCCCUUUUGCUACGAAUGCGGGUUUACAGGAGUCUCUAAAAAUCAUCAAUGAUUGGUUAUCUGUGUUGGGAGAUGAAAAGGGCUUUGACGAUGCGAGCUCCACGCACUCCUCUCGAUCCGUGGUAAAACCUACCUCGCGACCAAUCCUCAAGCUGCCGCAAAGCCUUCUUCUAGCUCUUGACGAUGCAUUGCGCAAAGAUGAUACCCACAUUAUGUUGGAGCUGCUUCCCACGUUGCGGAUUGCGGCGGAGGAAUUAGACUCAAGUCUCUAUUUAAAAGCUUUGAAGGCUCUAUUACAGCGUGCGAUUUUCUAUCGUGCCAGGGAUUCCGUAGUGUCAUUGCUAGGGAAGCUCGAUACGCUGGAUGAAGAUGACGACAUAAAUAGACGAAAUUGCAUCCAUCGACUUGUCAUCUCCAUUGGACGCUCGCAGUCAACGAGCGAUUCGGAGCUCUCUGCCGGUCAAGUACUCGACUUCCCAAACGAGGCUUCUAACUACAUAACCCCGGCUGCUCCGCCGACCCUCCAAUACCCGCGCGUUGUAGUGAAGGAGUCCGGGCGGAUGCCUUUACUAAGUAGGAUGGACGACGCUGUUUCAUUAUUGGAGCACCUCCUGGACAAUCUCCGUCCGGAGCAAAGAGCUGCGCUGCUGGCCAAGGAUAUCUCUGGACGAACUCCACUCCAUUACGCAGCUCAGUAUGGAUUCCGUGUGGUAUGUGAUGUUAUCAUUGAACAUCUACAAGCAUGGAACAUGUUCGAUGUUUCCCAGGGCAUUGAUGGCCCAAACUGGCAGGAUGACGAGGGUUGGGCGCCGUUGCAUCUCAGUGUCAUUGAAGGCCAUCCCCUGACUACUCGAGCGUUGCUGAAUGCGGAGAACUGGAAGGGAACAAACGAGCAACAAGCUGCGAUCCGGAAGCAUAUGUCUAAGUCGAGUGCUGUGCUCGCGCUCGCUACCAAGGCGAAUUUCGUAGACAUUGUCCAGCUCCUCGUGGACGCCGGUGUAGAUAUCAAUUACCAGGACGAGCAGGGUGAAACCGCCCUCCACGUUGCAGCUAGGCUUGGCCACGAUGCGUGCGCCAAGGCGCUUCUAGACGGCUCGCACGAUCAAAAGGCCAAUACUGAGCUCGCGGAGCAUACAUAUUCCUGGACUCCGCUGUUCAUCGCCUGUGUCGAUGGGAGUUUGGGCGUGGUGGAGCUUCUGAUCAAUGCAGGCGCUGAUCUAGAACGUCCUGACUCCUCCGGUUGGACCGCUAAAGAACAUGCUGCUCUUAGGGGCCAUAUGGCUAUCGCUCGACUGCUGGCAGAAGCUACUCCCCCAAUCGAGAUCUCGAGUGAUUCAGAUCCCUCCACCCCACCAGCUCGUUCUUUAUCCCCUCCCACUCAAGCCUCGUUAGCAGAUCGAAAAUCCGCAGCUCGUACGACAGAGCCCGUCAAAACCUUUGGCCAUCGCUAUCUAACCGAUGACAGCAUGAUUCUGGUCAGUCUGGGGACAAUGGACAUGCGAAAAUCAGUACACGCUGUUAACCUCGAUCGUAUUCCCGUGGCUAGUGCCCAUCUAACGCAGCUAGACACUGCAUUAUCCAUCGUAAUAUCCGCAAACGAGGCACGUGGCGAGCCCGAGAUCAUCGACCUUCCCAUCCAAGAGAGCAUUGCCACGGACCCCGUUGCCUUCUACGCUGCAGACGCCUCCAAAGUGAAAAUCAUCUUCGACCUAAUCCCCACCUACGCGGGCUCCAAGGAACAAAUCGUCGGUCGUGGUGUCGCAUUACUGUCAAGCAUUAAACCCACAGUCGGCUCGAAGCGCAUAAACCUACAAGGAGACGUGACCAUACCGAUAAUCGCGGCAAAUACUCUCGAUAUCAUUGGUAGUGUCACGUUUAAUUUCCUCAUUAUUACGCCGUUCAAGCAUCCGAAUAUGUCGAUUACCGAGGACCAGACGUACUGGAAGAGCAUGGCUUCGCCGAUGGUUAUUGGGCAUCGAGGCCUUGGGAAAAACAUGGCUAGUCGCAAGUCGCUACAGUUGGGCGAGAAUACAAUCCAGUCCUUUAUCGCGGCGGCAAAUCUGGGUGCAUCUUAUGUUGAGGUGAGUCCAUCUGGCUCAUUCGCAGAUUAUGUCGCGAUUUCUGAAAAGGUGGCUAACGAAGAAUUUUUUGGGGGGCGAUGUAGUUUGCUGUUGCUAGAUGUGCAACUGACGAAGGAUCAUGUACCUGUGAUAUAUCAUGAUUUCCUCGUCAGUGAAACAGGAAUUGAUGCACCAGUUUACACGCUAACCUUGGAGCAAUUCUUACACCUCAGCGACGGCCGUAGGCCACGUGAAUCUGAAGACCAAGGGGGAUCAUUUAAGGCUGAAGAUCCACUCCUGGCGGACCUGCGAACAUCAGCUGCGCGACGUCAACGGUCGAUGUCCGUUGGUGAAGGGUUUACGCCAUCGAUGCACAUGAGCGAGAAGAUGAAACAUACCCGCGAUUUCAAGAAAAAGGGUUUCAAAGGGAACUCCCGUGGCAGCCACAUUCAAGCCCCGUUCGCAACGUUGGAGGAAUUAUUCAAAAAGCUGCCAAAGGACGUUGGAUUUAAUAUUGAAAUGAAAUACCCCAUGCUCCACGAAUCUGAAGAAGAAGAAAUGGACACCUAUGCCGUUGAGCUAAACUCUUUUGUCGACACUGUACUGACGAAGGUCUAUGACCUAGGGCAGGGCCGUAACAUGAUCUUCUCCUCCUUCAAUCCGGACAUUUGCCUUUUGCUCUCCUUCAAACAGCCCUCUAUCCCUGUUAUGUUUCUGACGGACUCUGGCAUCACCAGGGUGGGCGAUGUGCGCGCUAGUAGUCUGCAGGAAGCCAUCCGAUUUGCUUCUCGGUGGAAUUUACUAGGGGUUGUGACGGCGGCGGAGCCGUUGAUUAUUGCGCCGCGGCUUGUGAGAGUUGUGAAGGAGUCUGGUCUUGUUUGUGUUUCGUACGGGAUUGCAAAUAAUGAGCCGAAGAAUGUGAAGUUGCAAGUUAAAGAAGGCAUUGACGCCGUUAUUGUCGAUAGCGUGCUUGCAAUUCGGAAGGGACUUACGGAGGGGGAGAAGCAGGAGUCGAAUGGACACGGUGGCGGUAGUGGUCCUGGUAACAGUAAUGUGACCGGAUCGGGGACUAAUGCUGAUGAUGCCGCCGAGUUGUAGCAAUGUGGACCCAAGGGAAGGAAAAAAAAGAAUGGGGUGAGAAAGGGAAAUGAAUUUCACUGUAGCAGGAAGCCUGACAACGCAAGCCGUUCGGCGCGCUUAAUUCUUAAUAAAUUUAAGAUUUUUAAGGUUCCGGGAUAUAGGUAAUAGUCAUGGUGAAGGAAAAGGAAAGGGUUUUAUUCAUGAAAUAUCAUUUAUUUGAACUGCU